GUCGGAUUAUGCAAAAGCUCAUGUGUGCUCGGCCACUCACUGCCAACCAUCUGUCUAUCGGUCAAACAUCAGGGCUGCGACGACGCGCCCCAGCGCCGCACGGGCCAGCCGGGUUGUCACCGGGAAACGCUCUCUGAAAGGGUCACUCGACGAGGCAGUGGCCGGCCGCUCAGUUGUGAACACCUGAACCUUCACUGCACAAACACGACAACAAAGUGCGACAGAAAUCUGUGUGUGUGCGUUCCCUUCGUGCCGACCGUCGUUGGCGUCGCCAAUGUGGCAAUCCCAGAUGGACACCCAGGCAACGAACUCGUGGCUCGUAUCGGUCAGCACAACGCGCCGGGCCUUGCCAUAUCGCGGCCAGAAGUACGACACGCUCGUGCUGCACCCCUCGACCAGUGAGUGGGGGGACUGCGUGAGCAGCGUGUGCAGCCGAUGGUCGUCCACAUGCCUGACACACAUACACAUACACACACACACACACACACACAGACGACGGAGACGACGGACACUCACACAGGCGGUGUGUGCAAAAGAAGACGCCCUCAUGCCCGACCUGUUGAUGUUUCUGCUGGACGAGUUGCUCUGGCGAGCGCGGGUGCGCGCGAAGGGCGCCAUGAUGACGCUCUUGAUGAACGACGACGCCGACGAGUACGUCGAGGCGCCGACCGAGGUCCAGUAGCCACGAUCGGGCGAAUAGCCGAUCUCACUGCGGACCGGAGGGUCGUGCUCCUGGCGGUGCUGCUGGUAGAGGUGGUCGGGAGGGAUGGGCGGGCCGAUGGUGAGCUGGAAGUCCCGCUGGUUCUUGAUCAUGCGCAUCCUCUCGCCGGCCUGGAACACCUCGAACGUCACGCCGCCGCCGAAGUGGAUGUGGGGACCGACCAUCCGCAGCUGGGCCAACACACGGGGGUCCGCAAGAUACGCCUGACACACACACACACACACACAAAGGACAUCGUGAGAUGUGCCCGUUCCAUGCCUUUCUGCCAUGAGUCUCUCUCUCUCAGCCGCUUACCGUCUUGUUGUCAUAAUGGUGAAGGUCACUCCCGUCGAGCCUCACCGGCAGGUGGCAGUAGCCGCACGACGCCGCCAACUCGAUCGCCUCACUCAUCUCGCCCCAGCCCCCCUCCUCAAGCACAAACAUGGCCACCAGCAGCUCGGCCUCGCCCAUAUGCUGAGCAUCAAACACCAGCAGCGGCACCGCCUGUCCGUUGCGCACCCGUCGCAGGCCCCUCUGCCUGCCGAGGGAGUGGCUGAGUCGCUGCCGGAGCUGAGACGCGCCGAAGACGUCCCGGAGAGAGGUGCAUGUUGCUCUCAGAUGGACGACGUCGAUGACGCUGAGGAGGAAGAAGCUGCGGCGGCCGACGAAGAUGUAGCACAUGGGGUGCUGCUGAUGCUCCUGCAUGUCCUCCUCGUCCAUCAUGACAGACGACAAGGCAACCUCCGGGACGGACAAACCAAAAACUCAAAUAGAGCGCACCCGACGGCGUCGCCAAGCCGACGGCUCAAUGCCUGCCUGCGAUGGCAAAGCUGAAACACG